GCUUACUUCCCAUCGCGACUUCGCAUCAGACGAUGGCCAAACUCACGGACCUCUCUAAUGAGAUCUUACUUUCCAUUGUUGCAUACUUCACAUCGGGCGAUGCAUCCGAUGUUGGAGCCUUACUGAGCUUAUGUCGAACGUCCCGCACGCUAGUAUCUGUCGCGCGACCGGCGCUUUACACUUGUGUGCAAUUGGCAGAGCCAGUGGCAGACCCUUUGAAAUCUCUCAAGCUCUUCCUCGAAACUUCGAUAGAAUAUCCCGAGCUAGCAAAUAAGACGCGAGAGCUGAUUUUAUUCAACGACCGAGGAAUACGCUACGAGUGGCCUGACCUUGGACGCGAUGACACAUUCAUGAGGUUAUCAACAUUGAUAGGAGGGCAUGAUGGUGAGAUCGAACCGGAACUCUGCUACAAACCGCUUGCGUUAUACGUUCUUGCCCGAGUGCCAAACGUCCAACAUAUUCACCUUGAAGCGCAGAUCGAACCUCCACGCGCGCUGCUAAAACACAUGCACGAGAAGAGAGAUGCCGACACUUCAUUCCUUGCUAAGUUGAAGACGUUCCACUUGCACAAGCAAUAUGAGAAGGGACCAAUCAAUCUGGAAGACUUCAUUCCCUUCAUGCAUUACCCUGCCUUCGAAAGAUUCUCAACCGAGAGCGAUGUAUCAGACAUAGCAGGCGAGCAUCCUGCUACUAACACAGUGACACACACAGUAGCUGAACUGUUUUGGAGCUUGGGACCGCUCUCAAUCAUGAAGGCACUCUUGUACGCAUGUCCACGCUUAACCGUCUUCGAACUCGUCAUUCCAGACGGGAGGCGUCAUGAUUGCAUGAUGUGGGACGUAGCCUACCAACCACUGGUUUGCCCUCGAGAUCUGGUGAAAGCGCUACUAGAAAACCAUCGGCGGACUUUAGAGACGCUGCACUUGGACUUUCGUUACUAUUACGACCUUGGUGAUCCGAUUUUCCGGCAAGACCUGUGGGAGACUGGUGUGGGCCCAGAUGACUAUAUCUACCCCUCAUUCCGCGACUUUGAGCAUUUGUCGCGCCUAACGAUCGAAUUCGAGAAGCUCGCUAAGCUUGGUGAUCUGCCGUUGUCACUCAAGUUAUUGAAGCUGCAACGCUGCCAGUUCGCAGAUCUAGACGCGACAUAUCUUCAGGAUCUUGCACGACUGAAAGAAACAUGGUGUCCAGUUAUUGAACACGUCGAGGUAAGUGGCCUCGAAGUCACUGACGAUGCCUUCGUCAGAAUUCGGGAACAUGCGAUUUUCUUGGAUUUACCGAUCCACGUGUCAACGAAUGGAAGGCACCUUCUGUUCCAGAAUGUGGGCUACCAUUUAGAGAUUCAAAGAACAGAAGUUUGAGGCUAAAAUCCGACAUGACUUGAGAAGUGUUGGCCAGAGUCAGAAGAAAAGGGAUCAAAACUGCCUGAACCACGCUUCCAAUCCAUUGAGGACUUUUCCAUACCCAACAAAGCCGGAAAUUUGGAAAUGUGCGAACUUAGUCGUAAAGUGCACGUAGUAGUGAUGGGAUUUUAUAAUGGAGAUGCAGAUAAGAGAGGCUACUAUAUGGGAGCUGUCAUAUCGUUCUCCAACCAUUGGACGGCUUUCCCCGGCGUUGGCUCGACGGAUAAGAAACCUGGUUUUUCUCGUUACCAAACUCGAUUUUUCGUCCAGCCCACGUGUGCAGAUAAAAAUAUCAAAAAGAUGCUGUCGCACAGAUCAGCUAUACCGCGAUUACCGUGGCCAUAUGGUUCCAAUUCUUGCUGUGAAUGGCGCACAAAGUAUCGCCACAUCCUCCGGAC